AUUCACGGCAGAAUCGGGAUUGACGCGACUGACAACGAGACCAAAACAUCUCCCAAACCCACGAUUUGUUAUCUCUAGGCAUCGCGUGAACGGAAAUUGUUUGUGGCUUAUGAGGGACUCCGAGCCACAGGGAAGCAUCAUUGUCUUGGCUCGAACGUCUCUAGUUACCAAUGGCAUCUCAUUUCAUCACCCUGAAUAACGGCCAGGCCAUCCCUGCGAUCGGGCUCGGAACCUGGCAAUCGAAACCCAAUGAAGUCGCCCGCUCCGUCGAACAUGCACUGAAGGCGGGUUAUAGACACAUUGACUGUGCUUGGGCGUAUGGGAACGAAAAGGAAGUCGGCGAGGGUCUGCGUGCAUCGGGCGUUCCGCGGGAAGAAGUUUUUAUCACUAGCAAGCUUUGGGGUACAUACCAUAGACGUGUCGAGCAAUGCCUCGACCAAACGCUUGCCAACCUGGGAACGACAUAUCUUGACCUUUACCUUGUUCACUGGCCUAUUGCGAUGAACCCAGACGGGAAUCACCCUGUCAUGCCGAUGCGCCCAAACGGCAACCGCGACAUUGAUGAAUCCCGAGACCUCAGGGACACUUGGCAGGGUAUGGAGGCCAUGGUAAAGAAGGGUAAAGUCAAGGCAAUCGGCGCGUCAAACUUCUCCCAGAUGAUGCUUGAGAAGAUUUUACCCAUUGCUGAGGUCAUCCCGGCCGUUAAUCAGCUCGAACUUCACCUGUACAAUCCGCAGCUGGAGCUUCUCGAGUACUUGAAGUCGAAGAAAAUCGUUCCACAAGCAUACUCACCCCUUGGUUCGACCAACUCUCCAUUGUUUGCCGAUGAGUCCGCGACCGAGAUUGCGAAGAAGCGCGGUCUCAAGAGCACCUCCGAUGUCCUUCUCGGCUACCUGCUGGCAAAGGGUAUUGUUGUCCUUCCCAAAUCAGUGACACCAUCCCGUAUCGAGUCUAACUUGACUGGUGCGCUAGAGGCAUACAACGCUCUGACCCCAGAGGACAUUCAGGUCCUUGACGGUGUAGCUGCGAGUGGCAAGCAGAAACGUUUCAUCAUGCCUCCCUGGGGUAUUGACCUCGGUUUCGACAACUGGCCUGUUCCAACCAAGUGAGCGACAGGCUCAGUCAUUCACUAAAUCAUGAGAUUGACAGGAAGUGAAUUGGAGGGCACGAUUGUAGCAUUCGAGGUAGAGCUGUCUGCACCAGUAAAGCUGCAUGUACUCAUAGGAGAAUCUAUUACGGAAUCGACGCACUGUUAAAUGGGAACGAGUCACAGUAUGCCGCGACAGUGAGAUGACACGACUCAAGAGUCAGGAAGUGCCUCCACAUCCGCCAGC